AAUGAAGAAUUUCUUGAUAUUGCUAAAUAUCUUAAUUUUUUCAUCUUUUGGAUAGGUUUGUGGUAAGUUAUAGAGAUUUAUGUGUUAGAUACUAUUUAAUAGUAAUAUAAUGUAUAUGGUACUGUUAAUGAGAUUUAGGAAUGGGAUAUGAGAAGAUUUUUUUUUAAAGGAGAGAAUCUAAAAUUUAAAAUAAAUGAAGAUUGUCCAUAUUUUGAAACAAUAGAUCCAUUUGCAGAGAUAGGAGAUCCAAUUAGUCAUAGAGAUCGUAAUUAAAUAAUAAUAAAAAUUAAGCUUCAAUUGGAAUAAUAAGAAGUCUUAAGGCGUAUAGAUCAUUUGAAAAUGGAGCAUGGUUGAAUGAUUUCAUUUUCUUAGAGUAAAAUAAGACAGAUGUAGAUGUAUUUUAUUCUUAUGGGUAUAUAAAUUGAAUAUUUCUUUAUAGAGAUCCUUAAAAGAUGGAUAAAGUUCCUUCAUUUAGUGGAUAAAUAAAUGCCAGAAAUUAAACUAAAAAUUUUGUAUGUUUCGAUGUGGAUUUCUUGACAAAUAGUAAAAUAGUUGUGGAUUGUUAUUAAAAAGAUUUAGAUGAUGAAACAAAGGGAUAUAUGAAUGGAUUCAUAGUAGUAGAUGUGGCUAGUCCAGAUAAAUAUGCCCUAUUUCCUAAUGAGCAUCCUGAAGGUUAUAGAUACAACUUUACAGAAUAUCGAAAAAUUCUAUUCCACAAUUACACUUAUUCAAAUGGUGAUAGAUAAGCUUUGUUAUUUAGAGGAGAACCUACUUGGGCAACAGAACAUGCAGAUUUAGUAAUUGAUAAAUUGGAUGAUGAUUGUGAAUUAGAAGUUUACAAAUUCGAUAAUAAGUUUAAUUUAACUAACCCAUCUCCUGUUGCUGUAUUAACUAAAAAAGUAUUAGCAAAUUUAUUAGGAACUUCUGAAGCUUAAUAAAAGUUUUAUUUAGUGGAUUUUUAAUUAGAACCUGAUGGUAGUAUAUAUGUUUUAGAUGCUUUUAAUGGAGUUUAUGUUUUAUAUUUUGAAUCUGCUAAUCUAGAAUGGAAACUCAAAAAUCAUAUUAAUCCUCCUUAUCUUACACCAUGUUUUGGAUUUGAUUUUAAUUAUUUAGAGGGUAGUAAUGGAAAUAUUACCUAUCAUUUGGUUUUAGUAUUUAAAAAUUCAGUAAAUUUUUAUGAAAAUGAUGUUCAAAAAUUUUCAAUUAAAACUCCAAAUAUAACUAGUUAUAAAAAUUUAUAAGUUUAAAUGAGUUAAUAUUAUUUGGUGUUAAGAAUAGAUACAUAUCUUCAUUUAUAUCAUUCAGGUACAGGUGAAAAAUUAUAUACAUUUACUUAAAAUUUAUUUGAUUAAGUGAUUAUUAAUCCAUAUGAACCAGAUUUAUUAGGAGUAAAUGAGAAUUCUGCUCAUAGAUUCUUAAUAAGCAAUGGUUUGCUUCGUUUAAAGUAUUUGGAUAGUUCUAAUGAUGGAAUGAAACCUUACACAUUGAGAGCUAUAUCGUUAGAUAAUUCUUCAAAGGAAUGUUAAGUAUCUAUUAAUGUACAGGUGCUAAAAAAAAAUGAUAUUUCAAUUAGAGCAUAAAGUUAUCAUCCAUUUCCAGCAUCUUUAACAGUCCCUUCUCCUCCAAUUCCAAUAGAUUUGAUAGCAUCAGGACCAAACUUACAAUAUAAUUCAAUAGUAUCCCUUGAAAAUUCAAGAGGCAAUAACAAAGUAAUUUUAACAGUUAAAUCUGUUUGGAAUUUAUAAUUAAAUGGAAUUACCCCACCAGAAGCCAAAGAUGUUGAAUAUUCUGAUGUUUUAGUCAAUGAAAAUUCAGGUGUAUUUUAUUUACUAGUUCAAAUUCCAUCAAAGGAGAUAUUUGUUUACAGAUGCUCUCAUAAAUUGAAUGAUCAUGAAUAAGCUGAUUGUAAGAAUUAUGAUAAAUUUUAAUUGGAUCAUAUAAUUGAUAAGAAAAAACACUCAUUCGAAUGGUGGAUAUAUACUCUUUAUGUCACCUAUAUGUAUUAGGAUACUGAUUUUACUAUUUAAAUAUAUACAAGUGCAGGAGGAAAUGUUUAGCAUAUUGGCACAAUAGAAGUUGAUAAAAGUUCACCUGAUAAUAAAAUAGAUUCUGUAACCUUUUUAGAAGAUGAAGUUUAUGUUGUUUAAUCAAAAUUAAAAAAGGUUUAAAUCUAUUCAAAAUACAUGCCUUUUUAAUUGAUCUAUGAAAUUAAUGAUAAUAAAUUAGCAUAAUUUAAUGUAAAAGGAAAUUUUACACCUUAAAGAGUAUUUGCAAAUAAGAAAGCUAAAUCCUCUUUGAUUUUUAUCUAAACAAUAAAUUCAUUGUUUAUAGGAACAUUUUCUAAUGAUAAAAUUUCAUCCUUUAUUUUACAAAAAGAAAUUUCUUUACUUCCUGGAGCAUAAGUUGAAGUAGCAAUAGGAAUUGAAAACUUUUUCAUUGUUUAAAAAUUAGAUGACAAAGAUGUAAUUGAAGAAUACAAUUAUAAACAUAUGUAGAUAAUAUAUAAAACAAAAGAAUUACCUUUAUAUGAUUAUAAAUUGUAAAAUCCUUUAACUGUAGAUUAUUCUUCUUAAACAGGAUGGCUCUUUGUGAGAGCAAAAGAUGAUAAAUAAACUGUUAUUUUAGUUUAUGAACCAGGAGUAGUAUCACAUAUAUGUCUUCACAAAGUACUAGAAACUAAAGCUUUAGAUUUAGAUGGAUAGACAUUUGAUAUGGCUGUGGAUGGUAGUAAUCAAAUGUUUGCCUAUUUUAAUAAUAAUACUAUUCAUAGAUUUUUAAGUAUAUUAGCCGAUGCUGAACUUUAUGCAACUCCUAUUUUAGAUUCCUAAGAUUAUGUUUCGGAUGUUAUUGUAGGAAUUGAAAUCACAAAUUUCCCUAAAAACAAUCCAUUCUUAGUUUAAAAUAGUAUGAAGAUUCUUAAUUCUCAAAGUACUGUGACAAUCAAUUAGAAAUUAUUUGAUAGUAAAUAAAAGGUCUUUAAAUUUGUAAAGUAGGAAGCUGAAUAAAUUAUUGAUAUGGAUACCAAUUGGUAUUCUGGAUAGGUUACAAGUUUUUAUGUUAUAUGUUAAAAAUGUGGUUCAAAUUUAACUAUAAGGCCUAAUAUUUAAAGAGUUGCUGAUGGAACAGAUAUGAAAUAUGAUAUUUCUGAUGGAGCAGUUUAUGGAAAAUAUGGUUAAGUAUAUUAAGCUAAAAAUUCUUUAAUUUUCUAAGAUUAAAAGGGUAAAUUUUUAUCAAGAUUUGAUAUGAAAUUGACAUCAGAAAGUUGUGAAUUGGUUGCUGUAUCAGAAGAUUUAAGUUUUAUAUUGUCUAGUUGGCAUAAUACUAAAAAUGAAGUUGGUGUUUAUGUUAGUAUAUGUUCAUAACAAACAUAAUAACCAUAAUGCUAAUAAUAUAGAUAAGGAACAUAAGUUAUAGGUGGAAUUUAAUAGAUAUCUAAAAUUUAAAUGGUUGAUAACAAGAAUAUAAUUAUUUUGAAUUCUAAUCCUGAAAAUUUUGCUUCAAUAGAUAAUAUGAUUAUUGUGGCAACAUUUAUUUAUGAUGAAAAAAGUUUUUCAAUUUCAAAUAAAUAUCUUAUAAAUGAUUAAUAUGUUGGAACCAAAUUAUUAUAGAUUGGUGAUUUUGACAUUGUUAAAUAUUAAGUUAAUAGUGUGAACUAUAACACAAUUAUUUUUACAGAUAUUAAUUAAGGUCUUUAUUUUGCUCAUUUCGCCUAUGAUGCUUAAGGAGCUUUCUCUAAAACUACUUCAGAAUUAUUUAAAAUCUAAACUAUUCAAGAUAAUUAACUUCAUCUUGAAGACGAUACAAAAUUUUAUUAAGUUAAAGUAAUCUCUAACUAAGUUUCUGGAACUACUCUAUAACUAAAUAUUUUAGUAACAACAAAUAAUGUGGCACAUUAUGUACUUGCUUUUGAUUUAGAUGUAUCCUAACCUGCUUAAUCAAUUUCAAUAAUUAAGAAAAAUACAAAAUUAUUAUACGUCCUUACUCCAUACGGAACAUGGCCUACUAUUGAUAAACUUGCUUAUGUGAAUGGACAUGUUGCUAUUCCAUAUACAGAUGAAAAUUAUGUACUUAUUGGAAUUUAUGAUGUUCCUAAUGAUAGACCAACAACUGUGAAAUCUAUUCCAUUUACUCAUUCAGUAAUUGCGGAUUACUAGAAAGCUUUACCUAUUGAUUUUGCUCUAUUAUUAACUAAAGAUUCAGAUUCUAAAUUCGUAAUUUAUAUUAUUUAUUUUAGCCUAAUCUUUAUGUAAAUAUUGAUUAUGAUAGAAAAUCAGAGGAAUAUUUAAUUUAAAAAUAUUAAUUAAGAGCUGAUCCAUAAUUAGUUCUAAAAAAUUCAACAAAUCUUGAUGAUGAAGUUCCUAUAACCAUUUAGCUCUCAAAUUAAUUUACAUAAUCUGUAGGCUAGGCUUAUUUGUCAAUAAAUGGUUCUCCUCCUCCUCCUCCUCCUAAACCAGAUGAUGAUGAAUCAAGGUAUAUUUUCAUACUUAUUUAAAGUUCAAAUUGGUGGUGGAUUACUUUAAUUGUUAUAUUUGGAGUAGCUUUGCUUGGAGUUGGUGGUUAUUUUGCUUAUAAAAAAUUUUAUAAAAAAGAGGGUUAUCUUAUUGCAUGAUGACUUAAACUCUUAUACAACUG